AAUGGUGAAGUCAGAUGUUUAUAUGUUAAUAUGGGAAAGUAGACUGUUGAAUAUGCGAACUAUACAUGUAUCAUUGAAAUACGUAAAGACCACUUUAUUUGUAGGUGGCACAUGUAACAUAAACUGAUGUCCUCGUUAUUGUCAUGAAGUUGUUGUACGCUGUAGCCGCCUGUGCAUGUGUGCAGUAGCCUAAUCUACUUGGAAGGGACGAUUCCCAAUGAAUCAGAAUGUUACUAAAACAAGUAUUCAUCGGCAGGAAACAUCCACUAUCAACUUAUAAUUGCGAACUUGUUAAGUUUCCGAUUCGACGCUUUACAUCAGCUACUGGACCAUUUAAUUUCGUGGAUGGUAAAAGAGUUGAACCGGUAGAUAGGUUAUGUGACACCAUUGUAAUAAAUCCAGCAAAGGGUGAAGAACUGUGCCAUGUACCUUCAUCCGGAAAACUUGAAGUUUCACGUGCCGUCUCCGCAGCGAAGGAAGCUUUCAAAACGUGGAGCCAAUUCAGCAACACAGAACGGGGAAAGCUGCUAACUGCUGUUGGAAGCAAAAUAAGGAGCAAUCUAGAAGACAUAGCCCAUCUUGAAGUUCUCAAUAAUGGAAAACCAAUAUGGGAAGCAAGAGUGGACAUUGCGUCAUGUGCCGAUGCAUUUGAAUAUUUUGGAGGCACCAUAGCUUCACUUACAGGACAGCAUGUACCACUACAAGGUGACAAUUUUGCAAUGGUUUGCCGUGAGCCUCUUGGAGUUGUUGUGGGCAUUGGAGCCUGGAACUUCCCAUUACAGACAUGUUCCUGGAAGGUAGCCCCAGCUUUGGCUUCUGGAAAUACAAUGGUAUACAAACCUUCACAGCUAACACCUCUGACUGCUAUUCUGUUAGCAGAAAUUUUAAAUGAAGUUGGAGUCCCCAAAGGUGUUCUGAAUAUUGUACAGGGUGCAGGUGAAACGGGGUCACACUUGUGUCACCACCCAGAUGUUGCAAAAAUAUCUUUUACUGGAUCAGUAGCCACAGGGGUAAACAUCAUGACAGCAGCUGCAGCAGGAAUGAAAAAAGUUACUUUAGAACUUGGCGGCAAAUCACCCCUUAUUAUAUUUAAUGAUGCAGAUGUAGACAAUGCAGUAAAAGCAGCCAUGGUGGCAAACUUCCUUUCCCAAGGUCAAGUUUGUUCAAAUGGAACAAGAGUGUUUGUGCAGAAUGCUAUAGCAGAAGAAGUUCUUGAACGAUUGAUAAAUGCUACAAACAAUUUAAAAAUUGGUGAUCCCUUUGAGGAGGAUACAACAGUUGGAGCAACUAUAUCAGAAGAACAGGCAGAAAAGGUCUUAAGUUACAUCAAAGAAGCUGAAAAAAAGGGUGCAAUAGUCCUUUGUGGAGGAAGAAGAAUCAGUUUACCAGCACCAUUAGAAAAUGGCAUAUUUGUAUCUCCCUGUAUUCUGUCUAAUUGUCAUGAUGACAUGCGUGUUGUGAAAGAAGAAGUGUUUGGUGCUGUGAUGACAUUUCUGACAUUUUCAACAGAGGAAGAAGUUGUACAAAGAGCAAACAAAACGCCUUAUGGACUUGCGGGAGGUGUUUUUACUAGAGAUCUAUCACGAGCAUUUAGAGUUAUAAGAAAACUGGAAGCUGGCACUGUCUGGAUAAAUAAUUACAAUCUGUACCCUCCAGAACUGCCAUUUGGAGGGUACAAGUGGAGUGGAAUUGGUCGUGAAAAUGGAACUGCUGUUUUUGAACAUUAUACUCAGACAAAAACUGUAUUUGUAGAGACGGGGGAUGUUGAUGCAGGACCCCUUUACCCACAAUGAGUUUACUUCUCAUUCCAUUGUUGUUAAUGAGACUGAUGCUUUGUAUGUUUUUUUAUAUAUUAUAAGAGGUGUAGAGUUCACACUGGUGUGUAAUAGAUUCUGGUGGCUAAGCAUUUAGUUAGAACAAAAAACUUGACCUUUUGGUUUGCAGGUAAUAAAUCCAUUUACUUCUG